UCACUCUUUGCAGCAAUAACAACAACAACAAACGAAACAGCUGUACUCAAGUGAAGGAAAUUAUUGGAAUGAAAGUAAGCCUGUUGGAGAAUGGAAUUCAGAUUGGCAAAGAAGGCUUCACCAAUUUUAUCCCAAAGUUGGAAACCAAUUUACAGAAGACUCUCUACUACUAGAUCAAGGCUUUGCCCGCUGUUACAAAAAACAAAGUCAAGGAAGUCUAUCCCUCUGCUGACUAGGCCCAAAUUUGAACAGCGCCAAUCAGGCGCUAUAUUAUGGAAAAGGAAUAAUAGCAUGGCCCCUGCAGCAGUGAUUGAAAGCCUUGAUUCAUUGAGGAAAAUCUGUGGUGCUGAAAAUGUUUCUACUUCAAUGUCUGUAAGAGAGCAUCAUAGUCAUGAUGAAUCUUAUCAUGAAUCUUUUAUGCCAAAUGCUGUGGUUUUUCCACAAAAUGUGGAACAAGUAAGUGAAGUUGUAAAGGUGUGCUACUCCAAGAAUGUCCAUAUUAUACCAUUUGGAACGGGAACUGGGCUAGAAGGUGGUGUCACUGCUACUCAGGGUGGAAUUUGUGUUGAUUUGACAAAAAUGGACAAAAUAAUUGAUCUGAACCCAGAGGACUUUGACGUCACUGUAGAGCCAGGUGUUAAACGAGAUGAUUUGAAUCACUACGUCAAGGAUGCUGGCCUUUGGUUUCCUGUAGAUCCUGGGGCAGAAUGCUCCUUAUGUGGCAUGGUUGCUACAAGUGCCUCAGGAACAAAUGCUGUCAGAUAUGGCACAAUGCGGGAGAAUGUGAUGAACUUAGAAGUGGUUCUUGCUGAUGGGAAAAUAAUCCACACUGCAGGAAAAGACCGCCGCACCAAAAAGACUGCUGCUGGAUACAAUUUAACAAAUUUGUUUGUUGGAUCUGAGGGAACACUGGGUUUGAUAACGAAAGCUACGCUGAGACUGUACCCAAUACCCGAAACAAUCGUUGCAGCUGUUUGCAGUUUUCCAACAAUUAAAGAUGCGGUGGACUCUGUUGUUAUGAUUCUUCAAUGUGGGAUACCAAUUGCUCGCAUCGAGCUAAUGGACGAUCUUGCUAUGGAGAUGUGCAAUAAGUACUCUGGGACAGAUUAUACGGUUGCCCCUUCUCUGUUUCUUGAGUUCCAUGGCAGCGACAAAAGUGUCGAAGAUCAGCUUGAAAAAACAAAUGAAAUUGUGAACAUGAACGAAGGAUCAAACUUCUUUUGGGCAAAAGAGAUGGAAGAAAGGAACCGUUUGUGGAAAGCAAGACACAGCAUGUACUACGCCGCACUUGCAUUUAAACCGGGCUGCAAAGGAAUAGUAACUGAUGUUUGUGUUCCGAUUUCCAACCUUCCUGAGCUAGUUACGGCGGCAAAAGAAGACGCGGUAUCAUCAAAUUUAGUCACACCAGUUCUGGGCCAUGUUGGGGAUGGCAAUUUUCAUUGCUUUGUGAUCGUCGAUCCUAAAGACCCAGACGAAAUUUCAGCAGCCAAGCAUUUCCACGAGAGACUAGCCAGGCAUGCGCUGUCUCUGAACGGAACCUGCACAGGGGAACACGGAAUAGGAAUCGGCAAAAUGAAGUUACUGCAGGAGGAGCUUGGACACGACACAUUCAACGUAAUGAAACAGAUUAAAAAAGCUUUGGAUCCGAAAAACAUUCUUAAUCCUGGGAAAGUGCUUGAUUUUUAUUAUUGAGUUUUAUUCAAUAGCUGCUUUUGUAAAUAAAGAAUUAAAAUAUGCUUGAUAGAAGCUGUCCGCGAAACUAAAUUUUAUUCAAUCAAUUGACUCAUUUCAUCACAUACACGAGUAAAGGUUUUAUUGGAUUUCUUUUUUGUACGCAUCACAGAUUUAGCAUGUCUGUGUCAGAGGUGGAAAUUACGGGGGUAGCUUUUGCUAAAUGAUCUGUUUAGACACAGUUUUUAGGGCUUUUGUCGGCAAAUUUUUUCAUUUGUCAACAAAUUUGCUUGUUUUUGGAGGUUUUGCCCUCCCUACAAUGAAUUUCCGCCUCUGGUCUGUGAAGAUAACUUAUACCAAUGACGUCACCACACGUGUAAAGAAAAAGCCAAACAAACAAAAAUAAGUUGUCAAUUUGUUCCUUGGCUAUUUUCUAUCAUGAUUGUUAUAAUUAUGCACAAUAUUUGUUACAGAAUCGUCUUAAGUUGAUUAUUUAUUUUGUACUCUCUUCCUGCCAUGUCAAAUACAACAAAGUAUGCUAUUUAUAAUAAAUAUCAACCAAAUACUUGACCAAAUUUAAGUACAGAUGACACAAUCACCCUUAGUUUUGUUUGCCUUUAUUUGUCCACCUGGGCUCUUUUUAUCAAAGUUCUCAGUAUGUUGAUGUAAGUCUUGCAGUUUGUUUGCACCCGUCCUUUUAAAAUUUUCAAUCUGUCCAUAUUGAUUGCUAAA